AAAAAUUUUUAUUUUGGCUGUUCAGGCGGCCUGCAGUCUGCAGUGCAGGCUCAUCUCUCAGGUGAUCGUGCAUUAUACAAGACAAAGUCUGACCCAGAUUGGAACUAUUGUAUACUACGAGUACUAAACAUAAUGGAUAUUUUCUAUCAGUUUAGUGGAUUUAUCUCGACGAUUCCUCCUGUAGUACAAGUUUUGUUAAUAUUAUUAUUUGCUUUUAUCAUUCGUAAGUUACUCAAGCCUCGAGUAGUUGAGAAAAAUGAUCUUGAAGCAGAGCGACGUUUUUCCUUGCCACCGAUGAAGAAACGUGAUUUUACCGUAAACGAGUUACUAGAGUUUGAUGGAGUAAAGAAUGAGAGAGUAUUGCUUGCAGUCUGUGGAAAAGUAUUUGACGUAACGAAGGGUAGAAGCUUUUAUGGACCAGGUGGUCCAUAUUCAGCAUUUGGUGGUCAUGAUGCAAGUCGGGGAUUAGCAACAUUUAGUGCUGAUACGAGUGCAGUGAAAGGUGAAUAUGAUGACUUAUCUGAUCUCAAUAGUAUGCAACUUGAGUCACUAAAAGAGUGGGAAAUGCAAUUCAUGGAGAGAUAUGAUCAUGUUGGAUCAUUAUUGAAACCUGGAGAAAAACCAAAACAGUAUGAAGAAUCAGAAACAGAAGAAGAGGAUGAUAAGAAAAUAAAAUGAAAAAAAACAAUUUGAUUAAAAAAGGGAAAUUUUCUGGACAUUUCUCCCCAUGUUUAAUAAAAUGAUCUCACACAAGAAGGUAGGAUUAGAUUGUUUAAUUUAAUAUGAGGAAGAUACAUGGCACAAAGCUGACAGCCUGACACUAUUAUAUAUAUGUAUAUUAAUUAUAUGUUAUCCUGUACCUAAUUACUUGAUUUGGGACAAAUCAUUUGCAUUCUAGCAUAGGGGUAUAGUUUUGAUGUAGUGGCAAACAAAGGUGGAAAGUUGAAGCAGCAGUUUCUAAAGUUUACCAAGCAAGUUGAUCAUGCUAACAAAUUAACUAACUAUUAACAACUGCUACAUUUUGUACUGUAGUAUUCAUUGUGGUAUAC